CAUGACGUGUGUUGUGACGUGUAAAUAAUAACCUAAAUAAUUAUAGAUAAAUUUCAAUUGUGUUGUUCAGUUCGGUCUAGUUAAUUGCAAUAAAGAGGGUCCUAAUUAAUGCGAAAAUGGUGCUGAUGACAAUGAUCGCAAGGAUCGCCGAUGGUCUUCCAUUGGCGGCGACUAUGCAGGAAGAUGAACAGAGUGGUCGGAAUAUCUUAGAUUACCAAAACCAAGCGAAGAUGCUUUUCAGGAAACUGGGACCACAGUCACCAGCCAGAUGCACAAUCGAAACAGGCCCAUUCCUAUUCCAUUACCUCAUAGAACAUGAUAUAUGCUAUUUGUGUUUAUGUGAAAAGAAUUAUUCCAAAAGACUGGCUUAUUCAUAUUUGGAUGAUAUUGCACAAGAAUUCCACAGGCAGUAUGGAAAGAAAGUGAACACAGUGACUAGACCCUACACAUUCAUUGAAUUUGAUAACUACAUUCAAAAAGCUAGGAAGAUAUUCAUGGAUUCUAGAUCGAGGAGGAAUCUGAGCAACAUCAACAAUCAGCUGCAAGAUGUACAGAGGAUCAUGGUACAGAAUAUUGAUGAUGUUUUGCAAAGAGGAACUGUACUCUCUGAAUUGGAUACAAAGACCCAAAAUUUAUCGAUGCUUACGCAGAAAUACAAGAAAGAUGCAACAUAUUUGAACACCAAAUCGAUGUACGUGAAAGCGGCAGCCGGUUGCAUAGCUUUGUUGGUUUUCAUUCUGUAUUUUUGGGUAUUGUAAAGGUUGUUAAUAAAAUGGAUUUCUGGAUAUUGGUGAUUGUUGCGUCAUAAGGGGUUCUGUCGACAAUACUUGGACUGCUACCACUUUAUAUAUUUUACAUGAUUGUAUUUGAUGGAGUUUUCAUGAAACACAUUUUUUUCCACACUUUAUAUACACUACUAUUUAAGGAUUGUUCCAAUUUUAUGUUAGUUUCUUGUACAGUAUGCUGAAUUUAUGAAGUGAUAUGUGUAUAAAUUUAUAAAGUAAUAUACCAUGCUUAUUUUAAUACAA